AUGGCCGACAACAGCACAACAACCGAGGGCGCGUCCCAAGGCUUCGUCUUCUACCACUAUGAGCCUUCCAUGGUCGCAGCCGUAAUCUUUAUCGGAGUAUUCGGAUUAUCGGGUCUGAUGCACAUCUGGCAAUUGACACGAUCGCGGACAUGGUAUUUUAUCCCGUUCGUGAUUGGAUGCCUUUUUGAGGCCAUCGGUUAUGUUGGCCGCGCCAUGUCUGCGCAAGAAGCACCCGACUACAGCAAGAACCCUUACAUCAUUCAAUCCAUCCUGCUUCUACUUGGCCCUGCACUGUUUGCUGCCUCGAUUUACAUGGUUCUCGGCCGGCUUAUCACCCUGCUUGAUGCUGGCAACUACUCUCUGAUCAAGCCGAAAUGGCUGACCAAGGUGUUUGUCCUGGGUGACGUCUUGUCAUUCUUCGCCCAGAGUGGAGGUGGAGGUAUGCUCGCAACCGCCAAAGACCGAGACUCCGUCAAGAAGGGCGAAAACAUCAUUGUCGGUGGUCUGGGCAUCCAGAUCGUCUUUUUCGGCUUUUUCAUGGUCGUGACGCUCGUCUUCCACAUGCGCCUGUCCCGCAACCCGACCCCGAAGACAUACUCUCUCGACACGCCAUGGAAGGGCCUCCUUUGGGUGCUCUACGCCAGCAGUUUGCUCAUCAUGGUUCGAUCCAUCUUCCGUGUCGCCGAAUACGUCGAGGGAAAGGAGAGCGAGCUCCAGGCGAAGGAGAUGUACAUCUACAUCUUUGAUGCUCUCCUGAUGGGUAUCACCGUGCUGUUGUUCAACUGGUUCCAUCCCAGCCGCGUCAUCAACAACCGAGCGACGGGCUUGAAGCAAGUUUCCAGCUCGGAGGUUCUGUCUGAGGGAUACCUGAUGGAGAGUGGACAAUACCAACAGCCUCAGGGACAGUACCCGCCGAGCCCGUAUCAACAGUACCAAGGUGCCGGAGGCCAGGGCGACUUUCGCAGGUAA